AUUUAAAGGUACACUAAGGUUCCCCCAGUCUCUGUCAUGUUCACCUAAUCACACUCAACUCUCACCCUGUUCCACACCACACUCAAAAGCCAUCAUAAUCAGAAUCUCAAUAUCGCAGUGUAGGCUAUCGCCCGAUGUCUCUCGACGAGGUGGUUACUCGGUGUGAUGUUCCUGAAGAUGAGCCUACCUGCGCAAUUUGCAAAGAGGAAUCGAACGAUGAGCAUCGUGCUAUUCAGACCGCAUGUUUUCACGUCUUCGGUGAGGAGUGUCUUAGCAAUUGGGUCCAGAGGUUCCCUCGCCACCAGGCAUCUUGCCCGAUGUGCCUGCGAAUCCUAGAACUGCCAAUCGAGAACCGCACGGGGUUUUUCAUGACUCCUAAAGCUCGACGAGAGUUGAUUCGGGAGAAUAAAGAGCGACAGUUUAGAGAGCGAGCGGCUGCUGUGGAGACUACACCGCGAUCUGCUAUCCCGAAGGUUGUAGGUGCUGCGAUUCCGGCUGCUCUGGCUGACGCGCAACAGCUUCAGGAAAAUAUGCGGAACAACAUGUCACGAUUUGAAACGUUUUUGGAGGAUGGCGUAGAAGAAGUUUCGCUAGCUGAUUUGGAGGCUCUAGAAGAGUCCUAUAGCACUGAAGAUGGAGAUGACCAGGCCGAGCUUGCUUGAUGCUUGCAGCGGCCUCGUGUGUAUGUCUCUAUGUCAUUAGACAGCUCUGUCGAUAAGCUACUCUGAAGUGCGUAUUCCUGACGCAUGGAGCGGCGCUUUACACGCGAAAAGCCAUAAAAGACUCGAUGACGGUAACUAGAUUCAACUCUUAGCC